GGUCGGGAAGAUUAUUUGCGUCUAAAGGCUAAUGAUCUGAAACCGAAAACAAUCGGAUAAUGUUCUUUUGCGGUAACUUAAAUUUCAGCCUGGAUUUCUUUCAUUUUCAAAUGAAUAUGGCUGCGGCAAGAAGGCAUGUUGAUGAAGGAGAUUUGAACUUUGUUUUUAAGCGCCUUGGGGAGCGAGGAAAUGAAGCUGAGUUAGUCAAAAAGAGAAAUGAUCACGUCACUGGGCCAACCUUGGAGCGACUAACGGAAUUCUUCAUGGAAUGUACCGAGAAUCAAGUCAUAGCCCGACCCUAUGGGAGUGUAGCUGAAGAUUUGAUGUGUCUCUCACCCGAUGAUUAUGGGAAUACGGACAUCAUGGUGUUCCCAAGCUCUGAGGCCUUUUUGAUUCACGAAGAAGUGGUCGAUCAUUCACUGGAAAGUCCACUGCAUGUGAGAAUCAGAGCCGGCGAUCAUCCCGUAUUGCAGUCGUGCCUUGUAGAAGGUACAGAAUACCUGGCCACUUUAGCACUAAAGAACUUCCAUCCUGCAAUUUAUGGGAGCAAAGCGUGUGAAUUAAUGCAUCAUUUUACAUGUUGCUUGCGAAUAUUCUCCAAGGAUGAUCUCAAACACUCUCUUCAAAUUGUUGCGAAUUGGAAGAACGAGAAAACCAGCCCAGCUUUUACCACUGAUUGUAUGGAAUCGUCUGAUACUCUCCACCGACAAUUGCAAAACAUGACGGAGUCAAAGCGGCUGCAUAGUUUGAACAGCGCUGAGUGGGAAUGGUUCCUCGGUGCGAUAUGCAGGGCAAGGGGAGUCGAAUAUACGAGAGAGCACGCCGCAGCUAUGGACGACUUUCUACAGUAUAUGAGUGAGUUACAGGAGUCCCUGACCAAACGUGGCCCUGAUGAUAUUUUCGAAGGCUUUCCAGCUUACCUACAUGAAAUGAUGUCGAGCGAUGUAGUUCAAAACUUCAAAGCCCGAGUGAAAGCUAUUGAAAGCCGAUCACCAAACGAAAACGUAAGUCAGGCGGAAGUGAUAUAUUCUGAUGUUUCAAGCGUCACGCCACGUAAGGCAGUUGAAGGCGGAAGUAAAACAGAAACUGACGAUUAUGGAAAUAAUGUCAUGCUAUCAAACAACAACCAUCCUCAGACGCUUCAAAUUCAAGACUUAGAGUCCACUUCCUCCCAUGCCAUGGAGUACGCAAGAUGUCCAAACGACCUUCAGCCUGAAAAACCAACUAAGGGAGAAGAUCCGACUAACCUGACAAGACACAUGGCAAAAAAAGAUAGCGAGCAGGUUCGAGAUGAAACCCAAAUGAAACAGGAGACCACAAUUGAAAAUGAAAAAGACGACCAGACAGGGGAAAGCGAAGAAAGAUUCGAUUUCAAGCCACUUUUGUACCAUUUAUUCGAGAAAGAAGCAGAAGUCAAAGAGCCGUCUGAAAAUGACACAGCCUAUUUAAAAAAAAAGACAGGAAUUGAUCUUGUGCCCGCCCUGAAAUCCCGAGGAUGGCCGAAGUCUGCACGAGAUUGGCUCGAAAGAGAGCGGAAAUGGCCUUCCGUCGAAAUGGUGACUAAGAUCAUUGACGAAGGCUACCACCUGGUUGUCAAAUCUCCAAAGUACAGUGAAAUUCCCGAGUGCGACUUCAGAAUCUCAUUUUCUCAUGCAGAGUACCUGUUAAGCCAAGAGAUGAAUGAAAUCCAACGCGAGUGUUACCGUUGUUUGAAGAAAUUACACCGUGCUUAUCUUUCCAGUCCAGCAGGUUUGGUGUCAUUCCAUCUCAAGAACCUCUUUUUGCAAACAAUAGAGGAGACUGGUGCCGAGAUGUGGAUCGAGGACAAAAGAGCCGAAUGUAUGAUGAAGCUCCUCGAAAACCUGCUAAAAGCUUUGAAAGACAAAGACUUGCGACAUUUCUUCGUGAGAUCCUACAAUCUCUUUGGUGUUGAUUACAUUGUCAAACCCGAAACUCUUGUAUCUUUGGCCGAGAAGGUGGAGAAGAUUAUAGAAAAUCCGUUAGACUUUUCCCAAGCGUUGAUCCAGCAGAAUGAUACGAAGCAACUUAAAAAGAAUGAACCACAACAAGAAAGCGAGCGAGCGGUACCUGGAAGAGCAGUUGAACCAGGAAGCGUCGAUAACAACCAAGGAAACAAAGAAAUUACGACAGAUACUGUGUUGCGCAGCCCUCAGCAAUGUGGCAACCUACUUCCAAAUUAUAGAUACCAUGACAUGCAAGAUAUGUACCUCCAAGUCGGCAAAGAGUUGGUGGAAAAAGCUGUAAACGGAGAUGAAAUUCAUGAUCCUCUUGAAAGAUCCCUGGUAAAAGAUUUCAAAGAAAUGAUACAAAGCCAUAAUCUCCAGACUGAGCAUUUCCUUCAAAUGUUGAGAAGCGGCUGGUCCAAUGCUUAUUUCAGGAUCUGCCUCAGUACCGAGCUGGAAAUGAGGCGCCGAAUGCUUGAUGCAAUCCGCGGUGAUGUCGAAACGUGGAAGUACUGUUUGAGGCAGGAAGACUUAGCGUCAGGGAACGAAGAAGCCAUAGCCAACCGAAUGCUGGAUCCAUCCAAUGAGGAUCGUUUUGACUUAAGCAACAUAGUUCCAGCUGGUGGCCUUGGACAGUACCUGCGCAUGUUCAUCAAUGGUCUUGACCACAGGACACCUCAACCAGCACAAGUGCAGACGACCCAGGCUGUGGAUGCUAUACCUUUAGACUGAACUGUACUAUCAAUAAGGGAAGUGACUUUGUUUUUUGUUUAUUUUUUUUUAACUGACUGCGUAAGGUUGCAAUGUACUUUUGUUUCUUAGAUGACGCGCGUUCAUAUGGAACUUUAAGAAGCAGAAAAAGAAAGCGUUUUGCUUCUUCGGAGUCAAUCCUACCAUCUUCGGCUUGGUUCUUAGGACGCUUUACUGCUACAGAGCUUUAGUAGACUUAUGGCUAGUGUUGUUUUCUUUCAUAGUUUAUCGCAAUUAAUGGUACGGGUGGUUUGAGUGUACUCUGCAUAGGGGUAGUUCUUUUCGCUCCUUUUUUUUUUUCGAUUACAUUUGAACUGGUUGCAAUUGUUAUUAACUUGAUUGCAUAUUGGUUUAUUCCAUGUCUGCAUAUUCUAUAUCUAUCAACAACUACACCAACUGAUCAAUGAAAUUAGAGAAAUGGCUUUUUGGUAAAACCAGGCAAACUCACACAUUCACACAAGGAAAAGAAGAGACAAAGAACCAAAGUACAGAAGGUGAUCGCACUGGAAUAAAAGACUAAAUUACCUAAAUUUUAUCACCCAAUUUCAGUUGCUAUUUUGUUUUUCUCUCAUUUUUUUAUGCAUUUUUUUAAAAGCUAAAUAUUUGUGAAAGGAAGAACUGUUUAAAUCUGUUGGGAUUCUUCACGUGAAGGAAAGCGCUCUCAAAACAGCAGACUAGUAGGGUAUGAAGUAACUAAACUUUAAUUUUCAAAACGACUAGCUAGGAGUAUUGAGACGAUUACACAAAUAUACACACACUUGUAGUAAAAAAGUGAAAAAAUGGCUAUCAAAAAUAAGUAUAUUUUGAGCUGUUUCGAGGAAGGUUUUCGGCAAAAUGGACAGAAGUGCACGCGAUAAUCUCGAAUAGAAAUAUGGCUAUCCGGUAAUCGACGAAUUUUAAUAAGUAAAAUGAAUGAAUAAACUCAUCAAAUCCGCUGUGCCUCAUCCUUACGAUGACGUUCUCUCAGAUUUCCCUGAAAUCCUGAGGUGAAGGAACUACCAUCAAUACCCUUCGGGUAUAUUUCGUGCACUUUUUCGCUUUUUUCCUUCAACCUUUCUCGAAACAGCUGUUCAUUAGUAAGACAUCAGUACAUUUAAGUAAAUACAUUGUCUUGAGGGUCUCAAAAAUAAGACUAUAUUUAGUGUUCUUCAAUAACGUUAGGGUUCAUGUGUAAAUGUUCAGAAAAAAACUUUACUACUAAUAAAUUAUGAUCUCGUCGCUGAUGAAAUUAAAAAGACGUUUCAGGAA